GAGACACAACAUGGCGGACUAGAAUAGUCGGCCGACGCGCCCGGAUACAGCGGAUAAACCGUGGGAUUCAACACCCAGGAAGGCCAAGAAAGUAACACUCCGCAGGGACGAGAAGCUAGGUCGAAUCGAGGACUUUUUUCGUGGGGCUGCCGUUCUUUCCUGGAGGAUUUAUCGGAUAAACUGAGUGCGAAGUCUUGGCUGUGCGUCCCAGAUCGUGCUCUGCUAUCACCCAGGUCCCCCCCACCCCGCUCACACUCUGGUUCCUGGGGUGUGGAGACAGGGGCCGGGGUUGGAAAAAACGUGGAAGAGAAAGAAAGGAUACAUUCCUACUUGGCUUCGCUGUUUUUUUUUUAACCCCCUCCUCGGGUUUCCUCUGGGCGCUACAGGAGUUGUGGACCCCGCUGUGCGAAUGAGUGAUUGAUGCCAACUUCGCUUCUUCAGGGCAGAAUGGGUGUGUGUCCCCUGCUCCUGCUGCUCGCUCUCGCCCUCGGGGCCUCAGCCCAGGAUCAUGUUCCCAUCACAAAUCCUCCAAGUAUCACUGCCAAACCCACAGACCCCCUUGCCGCUCCCUCCCUCAACUUCACAGUGGCACACACACAAGCCCCCACAGGCCCACCCACAACGCUCGCCCCCGCAGUCAUCCCGGUGACGACAAUAACAACAACAGAAGAAACAACCACAGGCCCACCAGCUGGUGAGGGGGAUGUACAACUGCCGGGUCCGAGUGCCACCGCGCUGUUACCGAUCCCCGCCCCCUCACCUCCAACCGAUGCCCCCGCGGCACCACCGAGCACCGAGCCCCCCCCUCCUCCCAUCCCGGCGGGGGGAGACAACGAGACCACGGCCUUCCCUCCAGAAACCCCAACUCCAGAUUAUGACGAUGAGGAUAUAUUCAAUUUGGAGCCGGAGACCACCACAGAACCCGGGAUGGGCUUCACCUCAGACAGCAGCCCACAUGAUAACAACCAGUCUGAUGACAUGCCCAUCAUAGCCGUCAUGGUGGCCCUGUCCUCCCUGCUGGUUAUCAUCUUCAUCAUCAUCAUCCUCUACAUGCUCAGGUUUAAGAAGUACAAGCAGGCGGGAAGCCAUUCGAACUCCUUCAGACUGACCAAUGGUAGAUCAGAUGAAGCAGAACUCCAGAGCGUCCCGCUAUUGGCCCGCUCCCCCAGCACAAACAGGAAGUACCCGCCCCUUCAUGUCGACAAACUUGAGGAAGACAUGAACCGUCGCAUGGCUGAUGACAACAAGCUCUUCAGGGAGGAGUUUAAUUCGCUGCCAGUCUGCCCGAUCCAGGCAUCAGUCGACGCUGCUUCCAAGGAAGAGAAUAAAGAAAAGAACAGAUACGUCAACAUCCUGCCAUACGAUCACUCCAGGGUGCAUCUCUCGUCUCUAGAGGGGGUCCCGGACUCUGACUUCAUCAACGCCUCCUUUAUAAAUGGUUACCAAGAGAAGAAUAAGUUUAUUGCAGCUCAAGGGCCGAAGGAGGAAACGGUGAACGACUACUGGCGGAUGAUCUGGGAGCAGAACACAGCCACCAUCGUCAUGGUGACCAAUCUAAAGGAGAGAAAAGAGGUAGGAGAGGCAAGCGAGAACAAGGCUCGAGCGGUGCGUCAGUUCCAUUUCCACGGCUGGCCGGAGGUGGGCAUCCCCGCGGACGGGAAAGGCAUGAUCAACAUAAUCGCUGCGGUGCAGAAGCAGCAGCAGCAGUCUGGCAACCAUCCCAUAACUGUGCACUGCAGUGCUGGUGCGGGCCGGACGGGGACUUUCUGUGCGUUGAGUACAGUCCUGGAGCGAGUGAAGGCGGAGGGCAUCCUGGAUGUUUUCCAGACAGUGAAGAGCCUCAGACUGCAGAGACCACACAUGGUGCAGACACUGGAGCAGUACGAGUUCUGUUACAAAGUGGUCCAGGAGUACAUCGAUGCCUUUUCUGACUACGCCAACUUCAAGUAGGGACCUGCCGUGGAUGGAUCUCCGAUACACUUCAUAUGCACGCACCAGAACACACGCACACACCGCCACGCAGAAAGCUGCAACCUCCCAUCUGAUGGAUUU